UGCUAUAUAGACACACUUUACGAGUCACAAAGUAAACAAAACUUACAACUCUCUUUUUUCCCAAUGGAAUAUUUUCGAUUGCUACCAGAAGGUUGUAUAUCUGAUAUUCUCUCCUUCACUUCACCAAAGGAUGCAGUAAUUUCAUCUACAAUAUCCAAAGGUUUCAACUCUGCUGUUGAAUCAGACGUUAUUUGGGAAAAGUUUUUGCCCGAAGAUUAUCAAGAUAUUGUCUCGAGAUAUGUCUCCAUGCGGGUUUGUUCCUCGAAAAAAGAGCUUUAUUUUAGUCUGUGUGAUUCUCCAGUUCUCAUUGAUGGAGGCAAACUGAGGUUUUCACUUGAUAAGAAAACUGGGAAGAAAUGUUUUAUGAUAUCAGCAAGGGAACUUGCUAUUAUAUGGGCCGUCGAUACACCAUGGUAUUGGGAAUGGAUAUCUCACCCAGACUCCAGAUUUUCAGAAGUAGCUCAUCUCAAGGCUGUAAGUUGGCUAGAUAUACGAGGCACAAUUGGAACGCAGAUGUUGUCCAAAGGAACCAAAUAUGUUGCUUAUUUAGUGUUCAAAUUAGCAGAGGGACACGAGGGACUAGAAAUUGCUAAUGCAGUUGUUAGAUUUGUGAAUCGCGUGAGCGACAAAGAGGCUGAGGAAAGAGCUAGCGUCGUGACUCUAGUCGAAAAAAAAGUUUGGAGACGCAAACGUAACAUGAAACGUCCGCAGAAAAGAGUUGAUGGAUGGAUGGAAAUAGAGUUGGGAAGUUUUUCCAACGAUACAGGAGACGACGGAGAUGUUGAAGCGCGAUUGAUGGAGAUUAAGCGUCUUCAUGGAAAAGGUGGUCUUAUUGUUCAAGGAAUGGAGUUUAGACCAGAAUGAAGAAGAUAUUGUAAAAUUCUAUCACAGCUAAUGUUAUUUUCUUGAAUAUAAACAGUGAUAAUAUGUAUAUAUUUUUUAUGGCUGUUGGCUUACUUUACUUCAAGAUUUUAGAAA